GGCAUACUGAUACAUUUGGUCUUAGCAUUUGAUUGAGAGAUCACGCAAGAAGUUUUGCGCAACAAUGUUAAGCCGUGUCAUUUUCCUUGUUUGUUGUAUUUUAAUAGGUGAUCUCGUGACAGCGUCGAAACCAUUGUCGAUUUUAUUGAUAGAGAAUCUUCCGUCGCCUAGCCACCACAUCUGGACAGAGCAUUUGGUUAAAGGACUGCUUCGUAAAGGCCAUCAUGUACACGCAGUGAGCAUACGUGAGACUAAGGUCAAAGGAAAACUCGCGCAGAAUUUGACUUACGCCGUCUUCGAUGGUUUGAUGCAAAGUGUUGAAAAAUCCGAUGAUUAUAACUUAGUUAAAUGGGAACAGUACAGCGUUUUUUAUACAAUGUAUUCUAUAUACCAAUUUAGCAUGUUAUUCGCAUGUGACACAUCGAUAAAAACUGAAGCAGCGAAAGAACUUUUGGAAAUGACUAAAACUGUCGAGUUUGACGUUAUAGUGCAGGACAUUACUUCAAGUCAAUGUUUCUACGGAUUAUGGGAGGUUGCUAAAGGUAAGCCAUCCGUAGUAGGAUAUAUUCCGUUUGGUCCUGCGCCUUGGCUCAAGGAUUACGUCGGCGGUCCAAAUUACCCGACUGUUCGACCUUACCCUGGAUCCAUUGCAAAACUCGAAGGUUUGUGGCUAAAAACAUGGAAUGUUCUAUAUUACAUUGUGGAUGAUCUUAUAAAAUAUUACUAUUUCUUGCCUGCUGUUCAACGACUUACCGAGGAAUAUGUAGGCCAUGCAAUCAGGCCAUUACGUGAAAUAGAAAAAGACAGAAUUAAUAUAGUACUAAUUAAUAGUCAUCCUGCGUUUGAGCCUGCGAUCCCACUGCCACCGAACACCCUGGAGAUCGCAGGACUGAAUGCCCAGACCGUGCAACCAAUUGCCGACGAGGUAGUCGUGACGUAUCCUGAGGUAAGAAAGAAUUAUACUUCUUACUUGAGUAACACUACAUAUUAACAAAAAUUGCAAUAAGAAUAUUAGUAAAAA